GCUCGAUUUAGUCGCAGUCUCUCUUACCACCCUCAAUACUGCUGGAGUUAGUGGCAGUCUCUCUUUCAGUUUUAGUUCCUUUCUUUCUUCUCAAUCGUCCCUUGGUCCUGCUCGAUUCAGUCGAGGUGUUUGACUUGUUCAUUUGUUAACUCCCUGCCUUCCUUGAGAGUAAAUAUUGCAAAACCCCGUUGGUGUUGCUCUUGUUCUUCAAGAUGGCAGUCAGACACCCAUCAUCUUUCUUCAACCUCGAGUGCUCCCUCAACUCACUUGAGUUGGCCUCACCAUCCCCUACUCGAACGCUACGAAGCAACGGUUCUAAUGAAGUGCCAACGCGAUCUGCUCAAGCCAUCUUCAACGAGAUCGUUCACAAGAUCCCCACUAUCAAAGAAUUCACAGAACUCGUUUACGAAUCCAUACCGCCUGAACAAGGUAGUCUCAUCUGUCGCUCACUCAGUGAGUCAAGUGUGUUCGAGUCGAGACAUGCAAGAGCAAAUUUCAAUUCAUUCACAGGGACUCUUUGGAUCCGAGUGAUGCCGACCGAACUCCAUGGUGUGCACCACAGAUGGUUCUUUCAUGCUUCUUCUUGCUGGACAAGGCAAGGGCUGACGAACGAGGCCGAAGAGUAUCUUAUGGAUUUUGGAGUGGGAACGACUUUUGAUGGUUUCACGGGGCAAUACCUUCAUUCGUCGAAGGAGCCAGACUUGUUUUUACGUCCAGCUACAUACUCGCCACCAUCAAUUGUUAUUGAGAGUGGAUGGAGUGAAUCAUGGCCGCGGUUGCACGCAGACAAAGAUCUAUGGUUUUAUGGAUCUGCUACAACCAAUGUAGUGAUCUUGUUGAAGUGGUCAAAGUGUGUCCGCAAUAAAUGUAAGGGUAAGGUGGAAGUAUGGACACGAAAUCCUGCCGGGGGACUUACAAUGCAAGAAAAGCCAAUCUUUCCGCAGCCUGUCCCUGCUCCCGCUCCCGGCACCGAUGUGAUCCAGUUUACAAAGCUGGAUUACUUUGGCCAACAGAUGGUUGCCGGUCAAAACCCCAAUAUGGCACUUCCUUUGGAUCUGUCAGUACUGCGUGAUUUUGCUCGCCAACGAAUGCUGUUUAUGGGAUUGACACCCGCAUGAGGUUUUUAAUGGGCCGACCUAGUUGGUGGUAGCAGCUAAGCAAGAGAUCCGCCAGCGGGUUUAGAAGCAGUUAGUACUAUCGUGGAAGAUAUAUAAGACCACACAGCCAAUACACCGGUUAAUUAGGUACUGGAUAAGAGGGUCCUAUAUUUCUACACAGGUCUUUCUAAGCUGCAUGUAUUCAUUACUACCUCGAAAAGAAUACGGAGGAAGGAUUGUGAUACUUUCUCAUAUAAAGUUAAGGCUGUUAAAUCGGACUAUUGUUAAGACGUAAAAGAUUACUAGAUACUGAACUAUAUACUUCUUCAGUGCCAGCUGUAUAUGGGUUUAUUGCGGGAGAUAUAGAAUACGACUAUAGAGAAGCUGGGCUCUAUAGCAGGGAGUCAGGAAACGUGAUCCCCAGAUUCGGGAUAUUUACUAUAUUAUCUAACCCGUAGGCGAUCGCCGAAAUUAUC